CGAGAAUCUAGGAAGAAGGCCCCACCAGUCCAGAAACCCAUUUUGGUAGUUUUUGUCCAAAAAUGACUGUGAUCCAAAAAAAUCCCUCCUCCCGAUCCCGGCCUCCCCCACGUCCGGACUCCGCCCGAACUGGGCAAUUUCACCGCUUCGCUGUCGCUAUCGAUUGAUUUCACUUUCCCCUCUUCGAAAUUUUAGGGCUUAGGAACUGUCGGAGAAACUGCAAAAAUUACGUACGAAUUUUUAUCCUUUUAUGUAGAUCUGGUGGUUAUCUUAUCUGUUAAUAUUAUCCAAUUAGGUCGGUUGAUUGUUGUAAUUCUGUUAAUCAAGGAUUCCCCCAAAUUCAGGGUUGGUGAAAUUCUUACAAGGCUCUUGCAUGACGAGCGCGUCGGAGCUGUUUCACAAUAGGCGGUCGCGACUUGGUCGGAGCAGCCACCUCGAAUUCGUCGGAAACGGAGGGGAAGAACAGCCAGCGCCGCCGCUUUACUCUCAUUUCAGCCGCCUUCCUCCUCAUCACCGUCGGCACCACCGCCAAUCUUAUCACCAUAGUAAUAAUCAUCAUCAUCAUCCUACCUCACCUUCUUCCUCCAAUACCCGCCGUGAUCUUAAUCGCCUUGACUUUGACGCCUUUGAUCCUGCUCUUCCCCGCCGCUCGCCGCACCACCCUAGACCUCACCGCCCCUCGUUUCAAGAUCUUGAUUCUAGUUGGCUGGACCAGGGUAGCAGUAGUUCUGCUUAUGAAGAAGUAAAUAUUCCUCAAAAUGGACGAACCUUAAGGGACAGGCUAAGGUCGGCGGGAAGUGAAAGGCUUCCUGGAACUGUGCUACUUGCUAGGGAAAGACUUCUCCAGAGGUUAAGAGGAGUGUCUAUUUCUGCCAAUAGGCAAAGGCUCCGUUUUCCAUCAAGCAUUCAUCAUAAUGACAAUCUGAUUGAAGAUGAUUUUAGCCUAGCUAACAGGGAUUGGGAGAAUGAGAUCUCUCAGGAAUGGUUUACUGGAGCAAUCCCGUUUAAUGACAUUCUUUCAGUUGAGAAGACUAAGAGGCCUCCAGGACUCACUCAGGAGGCUGUAGAUGAUUUGCAAGUUGAGAUAUUCAGCAAACAUAGUAAGAAUGGUGAGGAAGGGAUGUCGAAUGGACUUGAGGAAUGCAGCAUAUGUCUGGAAAGCUUCAUGGAAGGAGAUAAGCUGAUACGUUUAACUUGUGAGCAUAGGUUCCAUUGCUAUUGCUUGGAUCCAUGGUUGCGGCAAUGUGGCGACUGCCCUUAUUGUCGAAAGGCAGUUCAGAUGCGUUCUGAUGGAUGAGAAAUCAAUCUGUCCAAAUAAUUUCUCGCAUUCAUUCUGAGGGAUGAUUGGAGAGAUGGACGAGACUUGUGGCUUGUAUGGGGUGCAAGACUGUAUCCUCUGCAAUAUGUGCUCCAUUCCUACGAGAAUGCUAAUUAGUUGACUUGACUCUGGAGUAAAAUAUGUCGGGUAAUUUAUAAAUGGAGCUUGCCAUGGAAACAGAAGAGGGGUUAUUGUAUGUGAAAGUUUGUAUGGGAUUUACAUCUUGUGAGUACACUUCCAUGUCCACGUAUGUAAUCAAUUUUGCGUAGAAAUGUCUGAUUCAGUUGUAACGUUUGAUAUAGUACAAAUGUUCGUACUCAGAUGGCUGAUUACCAUAUGAAAAUUUCUUUGGUGACAAUUGAAGCCUGAAAAAUUGAUGGAGAUAACUACUGAUACAGGUCCAGUGUGAAUGUCUACAAGGAUUUGAGUGUUUGUCUGGGACAGUUAUAGCUGAAGAUUACAACAGCUGAAUUAGUCAAAAUAUAAUGAACUUGCAAAUUCUUUAAGUUACUCCUACGGCCGCUACAUCAAUGGCUGGUGAUUCAAUUUAGUCAUUUUCAGGAACUUUCUUGGUUAUUAUUCUAUUAUUCACCUGUUUGAAUGGUGUGGUUAGAACACAUUGAGACAGAGAUGUUCUGGUGCAUUUUCCCGUGGACGGUGAUGGCGGAGCGGUGACAGAUGUGGAAUGAAGGACUAGACGGAGGGGAGGAAGGAUGGCGUACUCGUGUCGGUUCCAGAUUGUUGAUAAAAGUGGAGAGAUGAACGAAUCAUCCAAAGAUAAAAAUAUCACAUGACUCGUUCCUCAACUGUGAACUGUCUCUUACCUACCUGAAAUUUAAAGAUUCUGGAUCACAUUUUUGAAUCCACGUCAUGCUCCAUGGACGACGGGUUUAUAGUCAACCAUCUUCCUGAAAUUAUUAUUAUUAUUAUUAUUUUGCGCUGUUUAGGCAUGUUUUUAUUCGUACUCUGG